AUGGCUUGUUCGUUGCAAGCAACAAUAUCAGCCAACACAUGUGCUUUCUCCACAAGGAGAUUCUCCUUGAAGCAACAAAAGAUUUGCAAGAGAAGUUCUUGCAUGUUCACUGUUAGAGCUUCUUCUGAUGACUCUGAUUGCAAUCAAGAAGAAUGUGCCCCUGAAAAAGAAGUUGGGAAGGUGAGUAUGGAAUGGUUAGCAGAGGAGAAGACGAAAGUAGUAGGUACUUAUCCUCCACGCCGGAAGCAGGGCUGGACUGGCUAUGUUGAAAAGGACACUGCUGGACAAACAAACAUAUAUUCCGUCGAGCCAGCAGUUUAUGUGGCAGAAAGUGCUAUAAGUUCAGGAACAUCUGGUUCUUCUUCUGAUGGAGCUCAGAACACAGCAGCAAUUGCUGCUGGUCUUGCGCUGAUCUCAAUCGCCGCAGCAUCAUCAAUACUUCUACAAGUUGGUAAGAAUGCUCCUCCUCAGGUCAAAACAGUCGAAUACUCCGGUCCAUCACUUAGUUACUACAUCAACGAGUUUAAGUCACAAGAAAUUACUCAAGCGCCCGCCGUGUCCACCGAGACGGAACAAUCAUUACCUGUUCAACCCGAGAGCUCCGAAACGGAUGCAUCGUUGUCUGUUCAAAAACUUGAGAGCUCUGAAACAGAUGCAUCGUUAUCUGUUCAAAAACUUGAGAGCUCUGAGGCGGAUGCACCAUUAUCUGUUCAAAAACCUGAGAGCUCUGAGGCGGAUGCAACGUUAUCUGUUCAAAAACUUGAGAGCUCUGAGGCGGAUGCAUCGUUAUCUGUUCAAAAACCUGAGAGCUCUGAGGCGGAUGCAUCGUUAUCUGUUCAAAAACUUGAGAGCUCUGAGGCGGAUGCAUCAUUAUCUGUUCAAAAACUUGAGAGCUCCGAGGCGGAUGCAUCGUUAUCUGUUCAACAACCUGAGAGCUCCGAGGCUCCUGAUGUUUCGGCAUCUCUUCAACCUGAAAACUCUCCUGCAGAAGUGCCUCAAGUUAAAGAUGAACCUAAGACUCAGCCAGAUACUUCAAGUUUUGACUGGACACUUUAUCUUGAGUGA